AUGUCUACCGGUCUUGACAUCGUUCACACUGCUGGUGCUGCCCAGCCUGUCGGCCCCUACUCCCAGGCCAUCAAGGUCAACGGCCAGAUCUUCCUCUCCGGCCAGAUCCCCCUGACCAAGGAUGGGGUUCUCAUCGAGGGUACCAUUGGCGAGAAGACCCGGCUCUGCUGCGAGAACAUCAAGGCUGUCGUCGAGGCCGCCGGCUCCAGCGUCGAGAAGAUCUUCAAGGUUACGGUCCUCCUUGCCGAUAUGGCCGACUUCGAUGAGAUGAACCAGGAGUACGGCAAGUUCUUCGCUCACAAGCCCGCCCGCUCUUGCUUCGCUGUCAAGCAGCUGCCCAAGGGUGUGCCUGUCGAGAUUGAGUGCAUUGCCUUGGCUUGA